UCCUCAUGCGUGAGGUGGGCGGAUCUAGCAUCUCGGCUUGCAAAGGUUGCUAUGCGAACAAAAGCUUUGCGGCUGUCAUCACCUUCUAAGCUAGAGUUCAGCCAACAGGCUUGGUUGCCUUUGCUUUAUUCGGGGCCCCGGUAAACAAUGUUUAAUAUUUUCUGGAAAAGUUAAUGGGUUGGUUUUCUAAGUGCCGCACGUCUGAACCAGAAACAAGGUGAAAUGACGAACAGGUGGAAUAUGUACGGAUGAUAUAAACAUUUAUCCAAGUUCUAAAUUAACUAUUGGGCAGUUUCUUCUUUCACACUUUUGGAUUUAUCAAGAGCUGGUUCUAAUCAUCUGCUGCAGCCUGAGAGAGUGGGAAAUGGUUAAUUGCAGUGUUGUCUGGCAGUCCAACUAGCCCCAGUAAAGUACUGUUGCUACCUCCAAGAAACAGCAGGUGGACCACUUCUUAUGGAAUAUCACCAAACUACUUGUGCAUUGUGGAGCAGCUUGCCCAUCAUAAUGUCAGAUGCAAAACAGGUUAUGCUGGAGUGACUGUUGGGAGAAAUCCACCUCUACAAGUAACCUUUCUUGUGCAACAAGAAAUCUGAAAACAAAUGGAUCGCUAAACUUUACUUGUAAUGGCUACUAGGGUGGAGAUGAAACCUGCCCCUCCCACAAAACCAAAAUUCACAGAUGUGAAUGAGGCUAAUUCAUCGCGUAUUCAUAUCAGCCUACUUUCUGACACAAGCAACAAAACUAUUGAUACUGUGGGCACUUCUCCACCUCUUAUUUCUGACAAUGAAAUCAAAUUGAGCAGAACCGUAGGAUCAACAACCUCACUUUCAACUGGAACAAAACCUAGACUUUCCCCAAAACCAUUUUCUUCAGACAAAACUGCAGAUUCAUUUCGAAAUGUAAGACCAAAUCUUACUCCAUUAAAGACUAGUGAGUUUACCUCUCUGUCUACACUGCCUGAAAAAACAAGUGGAGGAAUACUAGAUGCCAAGUUUGUAGAGGAGGGGAAUUCAUCAUCUAGCCAAAUAUUAGUUGAAGAUAGAAGUGGGAGUGGUAAAGAAAGUACUGUAGAUGGAAGCACAUUUUUUCACUCUGAAAUAAAAAGUAUUACUGAAGCACCAAGUAGUGCAAGAUCAAAGUCUUGUAGAGAAAUCAAAGAAGAAAGAACCUCACAAAAGUUGCAAAUCAGCAGCUCUGUAAAGGAUGAAGUGCAGAUUAAGCCAAGCUUAGCAAUAACAAGUGUAAAUAGUUUACCUCAUUCUUCCCUUGUGCCUGAGUGUAAUACUGGUUCAGCAUCAAAAGCUGAGGGCAGUGAAAAACAGCUGGAACAAAAAAGUUUAUCCAGGACUGCUGGUGAAACUUUGCCUCUGGGAGUUAAAUUAAGGACCAGAAGCAGGCCAUUAUCUGCUAUAUAUUCUGAGUCACCUAAAGAAAAAAAGUACAAUAUUGAAACUGUGAAAGACUUUGAAACAGCAUCAGGAAAUGUCACUUCUGCAGGCUCAGAAAAGACACCAGUUAGAAAACCUAGACCACUGUCUGCUGAUCUUACUUCAAAGUUUGAACUCAUAAGUCCAUCUUUCUACAGGAGAACUGUGCAGCCUCUUGAAGAAAGUAAAGAAAAUGUACCUUUACCUCAUUCUGAAAAUAAUUUAAUCAAUAAAAAGGCUGAGAUCGGGAUAAGUAUGGAGGAGAAGAGGCUGGAUAAGAUUACGUUUGGAGGAUCUGACCUCAGAAGUGACCACAGAGAUUAUGUAGGGACUAAUUUGCUCAGUGACUAUACAAACAGAUCAAAGUCUGAAGGAAGAUUAGAAGUGCCUUUUAAAAAUAAAGUUGCACUUAAAUCAGAAGACACUGAGGAUAUCUCAAAACAGAUCUCCAAAGAUGGUCAAUAUUUAAGUAGUGCAGCUUAUGGUCAAGAAAAGGAAGAUGAAAGAAAAGUACCUGUUACUUCAGAUGCAUUACAAAAGGAAAAUAAGAUGGAUGGAAAGGAAAGGCAUCCAGAUAGAAAUUAUUCUGUUAAAAGUGCAUCUUCAUCAGAAGCAUCUGGCCACAUUUUUGAUGAUAAAGAUGAAAUCAAUAGGAACCAGUCAUCUGGCAAGACAAUCAAGCGACGUAUUAGUGUACUUCUGAAUUCUGUUAACAGUGUUAGUGGUAUGACAGAUUCUUCACAGACAGCAAGUGAAAAAGCAAAUGCUAAUGUUCAGCAGAAGAUUGCGGAACUAACACUGGAAAAUACUGACCCAAAACCUGAUACUCCCCGCAGAUCAUUUCAGCCAAGGCCGCUUUCUGCUGAUCUGACAAAAAAAUUUUCUAGCCAGACAUUAAGCAGUGACACUCCUUCAGAAAAGUCAAAUGAAGCCACUGGUGUCUCCAGAGAGAGGCUGUCUGUCAGAACAAAUGAGACUACAGAUGUAACUAAAGAACAUGAGAAAGUAAGGAACCAGACUGAAGAUGAUGUACAAGGUCUCAAAAAACAGAAGGACAAUUCAUCACUUCUUGAAGGAAGCUGGAGGAGAAACCAGUCAAUACGAACUUCCAGUUCUGGUCUUCACAGUGUUAAAAGACCAACACAUGAGGGCAAACAAGAUGAACAGGAAACUACUGCCAAAACAAGUAUGACAGAUAACGAUACAUAUUCUGCCUCAUUUAACUUUUCCACAGAUGGUCUGAAGCUUCACGAUUCUAGAAUAAUAGAAACUGCAGAAGAUAUACCAUUUAAAACAGUAACGGCUGUGCUGUUUGAAAGUACAGCUGAACGACAUGAGACAUCACAAGGAACUGAGACUCAAACAAACCUUGCUAGAUUUGUAGGGAAUUAUGAAGAUGACAGAAAGGUUAAGAAAAAACAGGAGACUAAUAUUACUGAUGUUAAACGGAAGUAUGAUAGAAAUUAUGAUCAGCUGGACUCUGAAAGCGGCUCAAGGCAGUUGAAAAAAACUGAAUAUUCUAAUGAAAAAUUGCAUUCAGUAGAAACACAAGGUAAUGCAUUAACUGAAAAAGUGAAUACAGCUGGUUCUUGUAAAGAUUCUUGGAAUCAGCGCAUUGAACCACAGCUGCAUGUAUUCCACGCUGUUAGUGAAAAAGCGGUUAGUGAAUAUGUGCCAGUAGCUACAGAAGACAAAGCAACAACACUUCGAGCAAGAAGAUCGUUUAACAAGAAAGAAAGAGUAAAACCUGAUGAAAAAGAUUCUUUGUCAUUUUCACCUGAAAAUGUAACAGCUGAACCAAGAUAUCUCAGAGUUGAUAAACAUGUGCCUUCAGAAGGUUCCAGAAUUAUUAUUGUUGAGAAGUCGCAGUCAUUGGAUAACAGAUGUAGUUGUGACAGUGCGCAAUCUAGGACAAUGUAUGAGAAAAACCAGGGAGCUCAAAAUCCACAGACCUGUGCUGACACAGCUGAUAUGACAAAUAUUCCAAAAAUGGAAGCAAAGUGUUUACCCGAGGAAGAAACCAAGAGUUAUGGGAGUAAACAGAAUGAAGGGUCUUCUGAGUUGCAUUGUAAAGCAAAGCUUAAAGGUGGUUUUGAGGAAAUAAGGUCUUCUCAUCAAGCCUCUGGUGUAAUGGUUAACACUUUUUCACAGAAGCCAUUGUUCUUUGAAGCUUCCACUGUGAAGCCCUGGGAGGGUGCACCCAUUGCAAAACAGUCUGCUCCUAAGAUAGAGAGAUCCAGCAAUACAGACUCUUCAGACUAUAGCUGGAUUUCUGUGCAUGCACAACACCUUUCAGGUGGUAAGCAGGAAAAUGCCUUGCUUGUAAAUGCAGUCUCAGGCAGUACAGUUGAAAAAAUGCAAGUUUUUAGACAAAAGGAAUAUUGGGAAGCAGAUUCUACGUAUAAAAGUUUGGACUCCAGUAGAAAGUCUUCAAAGGAUUCAGUUCUAGGCGGGCAGUCAGCAGCUGCAGAAAAGAGAGAAACAGUUAAGAAUGCUAGUGAUGACAUAGCAUAUAUGAAAAGUACAGAAAGGUGGAGGAAGCCAACUACUAGCAAAGAAUUCACUGGUGAUGAAGAUGAAAGAUUACCAGCACAUGUGAAUAGCAGAGGUGUUAAUGUUCCUGUGAAGAAUGUCGUAACUUAUGAUGAUGUAGCAAUGAGUACAUCAUCUAGGAAGAGUCAGAAUGCUGAUAGCUUUAAAACUACAAACCAGGAUAUGCAGGUGACAAAGUUUUCUGAAAAUGUUAAAAGUUGUGAGACCACUGCAAAUGAACCCGGAAAGCAUGAGUUUCCACAUGAACCAAAAGCAACAUACUUUGCAGUUACAUAUCACUUACCUGACAAUGCAAAAGGUCUGGACUAUGAGAAACCUUCUUUAGAGAGUAUCAAAGUUGACCAGAUAAGUAAAUGUGAUCACACCGAAAGUGAUCUAACCAAAGAUGAGUCAAUAAAAUCUUACAAGAGUUCAGUGUCCAGUAAGGCAUCAACAUCCAAAAUAACAUCUUUUAAAUAUUUAGAUAAUGCCCAUUAUGAACAAGUUGACAGGAAGAACAAUAUUAAAGAAGAAAAACAGAUAAUUAAAGAAUCAGAAAAUGUUGAUAGGCCAUUUGCAAACAAACCUAAAUCAUCUGUUGUAGUUGACAACAUUGAAAUGCAUCCCAAGCCUGAUUUUCGUAAGCAGAGAUUUUUCAAUGUUGAUGCUGUAAUUGAUUAUAAGAAAAAAUCAAUUAAAAGCUCAUCUGGUGAGGAUACGUCUGAAAUGAAAACAUCUCCAUACAAUGAAACUAGAGUGGAUCGAAGCUUUAAGUUUCAGGAACUUGCUCAUACAGAUACCACAGUGAGGAAACCAGACAGUGAGGUUGGUGGCAUACUAGAUAUUGAUGCAUUAAUGGCAAAAUAUAGAAGUGAGCCCUUGUCUCCCAGUAAUCUUCCUGGUAAAAGCUUUGAUAAACCACAAGAAUCAUCCUUUGAUCAACAGAAAAGCAAAUUGUCAUUGCUUAACUCCUCUUGUGGUUAUGACUGGAAUGAAAAGGGAGAAAUAAAAAAACCCAAGCAGAAGCACACUGAUAUAGAUAUUGCCGAUGAAAGUUAUAACCAGAGUAGUUUAUCUCUGCAAUCAUGGAAAGAAAGUCGGAAGAGUAGAACUGAGUCAUCUGUUCUGGCACCUAAAAUGCAAAACAAGCAUGGAGAUUCAGAAAUAGAAUCCUUAAGUGGGACAGAAUCUAAAAAUAGUCCUUUAGCAGGUAAACCUAGUACUGUGUUAUCUGGUAGUAUACAUGUUAUUAAAACUGAUUAUACAAAUGCUAAGCAGAAACAUGAGUCUGUUAUACAGUUGUCCAAGGAUGAAAAAUAUUCAGAUCAUUCUGUAAAAAAUGAAAGAUUUUCAUGUAAUAAAACUGAACAGAUAGAAAUGUCUGUUGACGAAAUAUCUGUAGAUGCUGAUAUCCCAGACAGAUGGAAUAAAAAGAAACUUUUACAGAGUAAAGAUGCAACUACCAAAAUAUACAGUGGGCAGGACUUUGACACACAAAAUAGAACAGACUGGAAAGAAUUUUCUGUUGAUCUGGUUGAUUCAGAAACAAAUUACAGAAGUGCCAAACGUGAGCUAAAGUGCACAGCUAAGCAGUCUGAUUAUUUGGUAGAGAAGGAAGUGAGACGUGAGGACAAAAGCAACACAGAAAGGUGGGGAAGGACACCUAAAAGUAUCAUAAAAAGGAGACAAAGCAUGCCUCGUCAACUGCCAUCAGUUACUGUGGAUAAUAAGGAUGUUAUAAGAGGACCGACCAACACAAUGACUGAGAAUGUUUCUGAACAUACUGUUAAGCCAUCAGUAAGAAUAAGAAGCCGUAGUCUACACAGGGAAGAAACUAGCAGUCAGCCUCAGGACCAACUUAGACAGUGUUUAAGCAGACCAUCAUCUAACUCCAAAGACACAAACUUGCUUGUUCAGCAAACAGAUGGUCGUUAUGGGACCUGGGAGUCAGACCGCCGUGAUGAAAGCUUUGUACCUGACAUGCCUUCAGCAGAUCCUAAUGUUAGCCCAGUCCCAUCUUCCCAGAAGCAAACUCCCAGUCGAUUAUCUUCUCAUUCUUCUCACACGGAAACCACUCCUGUCAGUGAGCAUCGUGAAGACCGUACUUCCAGCUUGGACCAUUCCAGCAUUGACAUGGAUUCCACUGAUGGCACAGAUGGAUCUUUGUCCACAUCUACGAGUGUUGGACCUGAAGGAGAAACAGUUGAUUUCACAUUUCUUGAUCAAACACAAGUGCUGGACUCCUCUGCACAAAAGAAUCGUUUACAGUUGAGCAGAAAAAGGACACGUCGAGCCCCCACUUCCAAAUCUAUGAGGAAAAGUGGAAUAAACCAGCUUGGGAAUAAACUGUCAGCAGUCGAAGAGGUCGAUGGGUCCUGGAUGUUCAAAGAUUCCACAGAGGAAAAACCCACUAAACAGGAAGAGUCAGAUGAAGAAACAACACCUCGAAGACCUGAGCGAUCCCCUGCAACUCCAUCUCAGAGGAUCCCAGUGCUUCCAAUGCUUGAUACCUCAGCUGUGAAGCUGCGUAAGCGACCAGAAUCCUCUGACAGUGCAACAGACACAACAAGCUCAACGCCUUCAAAGUCUCCUAAAGUUCCUUUACGUCAUGGGUCUGUGAGAGUACUGCCACCAGCACCAGGAAAAGGGGAUGGAUCUGAGGAGAAGUCUCCACCAUGGAUGAAGGAGCUGAAAUCAAAGAAAAGACAGAGUCUACAUGACAGCCGCCCUUUAUAGGGUAUUUUGUUAUCCAGGAAGAGAAAUCGGAGGAGACUAACACAAGCCUUAACUUUUCACCUUAACUUAAACCACCCUGCUGCUGUUUGCUUCCUGCCUCAAAUGCUUCAUGCAUGGUGCCUUCCUGUUUUUUGGAAAAGAUGUUUGAUGUUCAUUCCAGAACUUACAUUGUAUCUGCUAACAGCAGUAUUGUUUUAAGAAAUGAGCAUCAAGCUAAAUGAGAGAACCAAGCUUGUGCUGCAUCGCACUUUAGAAAGUCACUCCAAACUUCGAUCAAGGCAUUACUUCACAAAUUGGUUACUCACACAGUCUGUUUCCAUAAAUACUACACUGUUAUUUUUGGUAUAUGUAAACAAAUUUUUUAAACACGUUUAGGUAAGAGAGGGAAAGAAAGUUAAUUUGCUAAAUACAUAUAUUUAAAUGUGUCACUAAAAGUUUGUCAUGUUAUAAAAUGUACUAAAUGGUUUAGGUCAGUGUUUUCAGAAAUCAGAGUGACAAAAGAACAAAAUGUGUUUACUGCCAUGAAAAUGAAAACUUGACUGAUUUGUUUUUAAUAAAUGCAUUUGACUGCUUGCACAAUGAGGUUUAGUUAGUUUUGGUGGCCGAUAUAAUUCUACUAUAUACAGCCUUGUUUUUGCAAUGAACAUAGCAUUACAGUUGUCAUGUCUAAUACCUUUUUUAUUUUCUUAGAGAAGAGCAAUAAUUUGUCUUUCUUUAAAACUGUUGUAAAUAUUUUAAUUAGUGAGGAUGGGUGGGAAUGAAACUGAAUAAUUUCAGUAAUCUGAGAGGACUUAACUGUCCUUGUUUGGUAAGUGUCAGUCUGGAAGGAGAUUCCAGCUGCACUAUUUUGUUUUUUGUUUUUUUUUUAAUUUUACUCCACAAAAGUUAAUGUUUAGUGGUUCUCAUACACUUGUUUGAUAUUGUAUGGACCACUUCUUUUGAAAUGUGUCUAAAGAAGCACUUUCUUUUUUCAAAGCCCAGUGAUCAUAAUUAUUUUAAUUAAUGCUUCAGUGAGUUAAUUUGUACCAAAACAUGUGAGGAUGAUGUUGAAACAGGUGGAAGAAGACAGAAUAACAUCCUCUUUAGUGCAUUUACUUUUGAAGUAGGAAAGCAAGGUUUUGACCCCUUAAAUUUGUAUCGUGUUAGCAUAAAGCACUAUAGGCAUGCAUUUUUAUGCUGCAGUUUUGCCAGCUAUAAAACUGGAGAUCUUGUUGCCCUGACAUACAUUCUUGGUUAACUGUAUGGAUAGCUGGCAGACUGUAUCAGAGGGGAUAUAGUUCCUUCGAUGCUUCUAUCUCUGUUAUAGUAGCACAACCAGGAUUAUUUGUUCUGUACAGAGAUAAGAACUGCAGUCUUGCAACUAGUGGUCAGGUGCAGUUUGAAAUACAUUUGGAAACUUUGCUUUCACAAAGUGGUUUCCAUAUAGCAUCUUACUGUGCUGGGGGUUAUGGCUUAACCUUUUCAACCCAUCUAAACAGUUAUACUCCUGAAAACUGAAUAUAAGCACUGAACUUGGGGGUGGGUUGUACAGUGUCUUCAUAAGAUUAUUUCAUUUAUUUUUGGUGUUCAUUUUCUGAGCUAAAACUGUUUUCUUUAAAUAUAUAGUAUAAACAAUAUAAUUCUGUAAUAUUGGAAUAACAGUUGUCAUUUAUCUGAAUUUUAUUUUUGCUGCCAUAGACUUUGUGCCAUUGUUUGCCAUGAAGAAAUGUGUGUGCAUUCCUUUUCUUUCAUUUCAGCUUAGAUUUAAUGACACUAUCAUCCCUCCAGGGAUUUGUAGAUAAAAAAGUCUGUAUUAAUCUAUGUUACAUUAUAUUUUGUAGGAACAAGACCAGCUAAAUGUACAAGUUAUUUCUUUUCAAAAACAAUUAGUUUGCAUAAUGACCUUGUCUGUAAGGGAUGUGUAAGUGCGCAUGUAUUUUUGGGAUAGCCUCAGUAAUCAUUGACUUAGUUCUCUGCAUCAUUUAAAUUCCCAUCUGACUUUAAAGGGAACUGUGCUCAAUGUUAACAUAUUCCAUGGGGCUAUCAUCUUCUCUGUAUUUUGGAUGUAUCAUUGAAUGUAAAGUGGGAUAUCUUAAGUUAAUUUGAUAACACAAGCAACGUUUCUGUACAGUAUCCUGUUUACAAAUACUUUCGGGGUUCUAUAAAGAGAGAUAUAUCUUUUAUAUUUAAGGUGUAAACAACCUAUUAAUUACUACUGUUCCCUUUUUUCUGAAUGAGAAAAUGAAGUCCAUUUUGGAUAUUCUGCUGUUAUAUUAAAUACCAAAACACACAAAAAAAGUCUCCUUUAUUUUAAAUGGAUUGAUAACCUCAGGCUGUAAUCCUAAUACCUCAGGGUGGAUUAACUGCACAGGACAGAGCGAGAGAUUGUGUAGAAGAUUAUGCUAAGUUUGAAAAUUUAAGUAUGACUAAAGCAUUUUAAUAAAAGUGCUGCAUUUGGGAUGCUGUUGGCCAUGCCGUCAGAAAUUUUCAUUUAUUUUAGGGGUGAAGAUAUGCCACAGAUUCAGUUUAUAUAGAGAGGGAUUGUACUAUUGUCUUCUGCCUUUUCCCUUCAUGACAAAAUUACUGUGUAUACUUUGCAUAAGUAAAACAUGCAUUAUUAUAAUAAAGUAACAUGAUUCAGUUUUUAGAA